CAUGCGGACGAUUCACGGUGGUCUUCCACCCGGCUCGUUCACGGUUUCGAGGCAAGCAUUAGCAACGCUGAGGAAGUUCAUUUUCGUCAUGCACUACCGCAAUGACGCAGUUUCUUCAGCUUAUUUUGAUGAGAAGAGCCCAAAGGAUGCACCACUGGGAGACUGGAUGAAGAAAUUCAAGGAGUCACGUCAAUUGGGAGCAGAGACGGACAUCUGGUUAACCGGCCUGAGGUACUACCUUGAAACUCCCCACCACACGAUCGUGAGCAUUGGAGAAGGCUUACGCGAGAGGUAUGGCGACCAGCCUAUCUCUGAAAUGUUGCAAAGGAGGUUUGACCCAGCCAUCGAGGAAUGGUACGCGAUAGACUACGAGAGUCUCGCGAACUACUUCUUCCUCGGUGUCUGGGAAGCCGCGGACGACACCGAGUUCGUUUUGGGGACAAACAGCUUCGGGCUGUGGGAGGGUCUUAUCUAUGGCAGCCCGGGGGCUCACAGGUUAUACGUUGUGAGCCCCCGUGUUGCCCUAGUUCUGCGGCGCACAUUCCUCCAUCACCCCCACUCUAACGACCCCUCCAUCCUCUAUAGUUGCCUCGCCGACAUCCCAAUCGCGCAACCCACCAUCGAAUAUGCUGAUGAGUUCAUCUUUCAGCGUAUGCAAGACGAAGAUCCGUGGAUCAGGAAAAGCGCGUUCGAUGCCUACCGCACCACGGCCAAAGCCCAAGACGACCGCUUCACCUUUCGCAUCACAAAGCUAUCCAGGGAGCAGACACACGCCGUAAACGAGGUUGUUAUCAUGAAUGCUAACCUCCAUCCCAAUGGCUCGUUAACUUACGCGUCCUCGAAAGCGAUGCUCGCCACCCUCGAGACGUACAUGUCGUCACACAAUACAUUCAUGGGAGGGAAGCGAGCGCUGUUCCAUCCCCUUCUCCAGAAGCUCCAGGCGUUGAAAGCCGAUAAUUUUCGGCUGGAUGCGCUUCCAAAUGUCAGCAAACCCAAGAAGGUGAAGGGGCAGGUGAAGGCAAAGACGACGACCCCGACAACUCUCACCAACAUUUUAUCUUCACCCCCUCCGUCGCCAGUGGACUCUAAUUCCGAUGCCGACCACCAACUAACCAUCUUCCUCCGAUUCACGAUCGCAGGAGGCAUUACCUUCCCGUCCAGCUAUAACCGUGCCUACCUCCUCCUUUGUAUGGCCACCGAUCGCUCUAUAUCCAAUCCGAUUUCGAAACGAAUACAAGACAUGAAGGAGGCAGCAGUCUCGCGUCUUCGUUUACUUCUUGACCCUCCACUCCCGGCCAUCGACAUCCCAUCGGACUCUCAAGCCAGAAUCUCCGAGACGCUACCGAAGGAGGAGUCCGAGCUCUUCUUCUCGCUCGUCGGUCAUAUGAUCGACCAGCUCGAGGUCGGACGUUAUUCGAAUGACUUGCUUGCCAACCUAAUUUACGAGGCGUCGAUGGUUGGUGUCACCCGUUGGCUCGCAAAGGAGAGAAAGGACGUCAUUUCUGACCUCCUCUAUCCAUGGGUAAGCCUUCUUGAUUA